CCCCACCCCUGUGAACAGAGAACCCCUCCUCCUCGUAAUCGGGUUCUGCCACAUUCUCCUCCUCCUCCUCCUCCUGCAGGCAGUAGGGCUUUCAGUUGGGGAGACACUGGCAGGUGGAGAGUCCGAGGGCCCCCAUCUGAACUAGGAAAGUUGGGAUGUUUGUGUCUUCCGUGGAGCGCAGGAAGACCAUGGCUCCCUCCAGGAUCUGCAGAGUCUCUCUGCUGGUUCUUCUGUUGCAGGCGGUGCUGAUUUGUUCGGCUCAGAGAGGCCCAGUCGGACCCAGAGGCCCCCCAGGACCACCGGGUGUGGCUGGCGUGCCGGGAGUGGAUGGAAUCGACGGGGAGAGAGGAGUGGACUCCACGGUGACCGGUCCACCAGGUCUGGACGGAGACGACGGGAAAGACGGAUCUCCUGGAAAGCCGGGUCUUCCGGGUGCAGAUGGACCCGUGGGACCUCCUGGAGAUCCAGGUCCGGCUGGAAAGAAAGGGUCAAAAGGGGAACCUGGAGCUCAAGGACCUCCUGGAGAGCCUGGGGUCGGACCCGAUGGGCUCGAUGGCAUUCCGGGUACCGAUGGGCUCCCAGGAGAAAUGGGACGGGCCGGCCCCCCAGGAGCGAGGGGCAGGAGGGGUCAAGUCGGUCCUUCUGGUCUGGUUGGUCCUCGGGGACCUCCUGCGGUCUAUAACGGAGAAUCCCCGUGCCCCAGUGCCUGCACCUCAGGCCUGUCGGGAUACUCUGGACUCCCCGGCAUGAAGGGCCACAAAGGAGCAAAGGGGGAAUCCGGAGAGCCCGGACGUCAAGGGCACAAGGGCGUGGAAGGUGAACAAGGACCACCCGGAGAGACUGGCACUCAAGGAUUACCAGGUCCAGGGGGACCCAGAGGCCUUCCAGGAAUAAUGGGCUCCAAAGGUGACAGGGGACCUCGGGGAAAACCUGGCGAUGCGGGCCCUCGAGGCGUCCAGGGAGAACCGGGGGAUCCGGGUCAAAGAGGCGCCGUGGGCGAGGCCGGACCGUCAGGAGGGACCGGGGAUCCAGGACCUGCAGGAAUCAGAGGAGUUCCAGGUCCAAAAGGAGAACCGGGUCUCCCGGGUCCUGAUGGUCGUGAGGGAAUACCGGGUCUUCCUGGAUCCAAGGGUAUUGUGGGGAAAAGUGGAGCUCCAGGUGACCCCGGCCCUCAGGGUCUUCAUGGGGUGCCCGGUGGGUACGGCCAGAAAGGACACGGGGGCGUGAAGGGUAACUCAGGAGAUCCGGGAGUCGUGGGUUUGAUGGGACCUCCAGGGAAACAGGGGGAACGAGGAGAUCAGGGAGAGGUGGGACCGGCUGGACCCAGAGGAGGACCCGGCGAGCGUGGAGAGAGGGGAGCUGACGGACCUCCGGGACCACCUGGAGCCCGGGGAACAAAGGGGGAUCCGGGUCUUCCAGGACUUCCUGGACCUGCUGGUUAUCGAGGCGAGAAGGGGGACAGGGGGGCGGUUGGCGUUAACGGCCCAAAGGGAGAGCAGGGGCCUCCAGGAGCUGAAGGAACGCCAGGAGACAGAGGAGACGUGGGGGAUCAAGGAGAACCAGGCGAGAAAGGAUCGACGGGCCCCCCAGGAGAGACGGGAAACAAAGGAGCUGAAGGCAGCCGAGGAGUGCCGGGCAAAGAGGGCAAGUCGGGUCCACCGGGUCCGCGGGGCAUGCAGGGGGACAUGGGGGUCCCAGGCCUGCCUGGUGUGCAGGGGCCGGCGGGAAAACCCCCGUCGGACUCCCACAUCAAACGGGUCUGUAUGCGGGUCAUGCAGGAACACUUGGCCCAGCUGGCUGCAAGUCUCACCAGACCAGAAUCCGGCAUCGCUGGAAUCCCAGGUCCUCCGGGUCCUCCUGGACCCCCAGGCCCCACCGGGGAAAACGGUUUUCCUGGUCACAUCGGAUCGAGAGGCCUGCCGGGUCUGAAGGGCCCACCUGGGUUACUGGGUCAGAAGGGACCCAAAGGUGACCAGGGGGACAAAGGAGACCGAGGACCCACAGAGAGGGGACCCAAAGGAGAACCAGGGGUACCAGGUCUACCAGGUGAGCCCGGCCGGCCGGCUUACGGCGCCCACGGCCGCGACGGGGAGCCGGGGCCUCGUGGCGUCCCCGGCAUCAACGGCGUGCCCGGGCCUCCUGGCCCCCCGGGUCAAAACGGUUACUGUGAGUCGUCGCAGUGCAUCCUGGCCAUGGUGGCGUCGCCGGUCUCUGCCAAGGACUCCGGCAUGAAGGGCCCCAACGAGAUGUGAGGGGGCCACAGUGGCAGAAGAGAGUAGAAGAGCCCCGAACCCCCCAGACCGGGUUUGUAUGUUUGGCUUAAAGAUCUCUGUGGAUCGACAUGGACGCCAAACACCGGUCACGCUUUUGGAGACAAUUUCAAUUUGAAUCACGGAAUGUUUAUCAUGAAAGCAACCAGCUCCUGUUUUCUCAUGACGUUUCUGUAAAUGUGUCAAUAUGCAAAUGACCCUUCCACCUCCACAUUACACAGGACACGUCUGACCCAUCCUGGACCGGCUCUGUGUGACUGAUUAUUUAUUCUAUCCAGUUUUGACGUCUUCAAGUUGUACAAAGGAGGGAAUAAAAACAUUUUGAUAAUCUCUGGCAUGUUUUAUCCAAAGACCCCAAAAACGAGACGAGAUCUGACUGAUGGAUGUAAAACUGAGAGUUUAGUGUUACACAGGAUGUUUAUUCGAGUCCUUUUAUCUGCAGAUCUUAAACCUUAAAUUUGAUAAUUGACAGUUUUCUUUACAUUCUUCACAAAAUAUUUGAAGACUUCUGUGUUUCUUUGACAACAUUUAUGUUUCACACUUUAAUCUCCUCCAACUUUCCAACAUAAAUGUGCGUUAAGGCGGACCAACGGAUGAACCUGCCUUAACUGAAAUGUAGUUUGACUUUAACUUUCCCCUUCGUUGUUGAAUAAAAGUUCCUCAAGUUCA